AAUAGAAAGUAAAAGGAAUUCCCGUUAGUUUCCGAGGUUUGUUGAUCAUCGAUCGAGAUUCGAGAGGGACAUGGCAACUUCAAAAUUGGCAGCAGCGACGGCUGAGAGGGUGGUGAAGGCGACGAGACGGCAAGCCCUAACUUUAACAGAAGCGGCGGCGGGUAGGAUACGCCACCUCCUACAGCAGCGCCAACGCCCUUUCCUUAAACUCGGCGUCAAAGCUCGCGGUUGUAACGGCCUUUCGUAUACCCUAAAUUACGCAGAUGAAAAAGGGAAAUUUGAUGAGUUGAUUGAGGAAAAGGGUGUGAAGAUAUUGAUAGAUCCAAAGGCUCUUAUGCAUGUUAUUGGUACCAAAAUGGACUUUGUGGACGACAAGCUCAGAUCUGAAUUUAUAUUUAUCAAUCCAAACUCAAAAGGGCAGUGUGGUUGUGGUGAAUCUUUUAUGACAACAAGUAGCACAGAAUCUACAAAAGCUGGUGGCACUUCUUAGUCAAAUUCACAACAAGUUACGUAUCUUGUAUAGAAGGUGUCAAAAAUUAUAUAAUUGCAUAUGUAGAUUAUAAUAUUUAUGAUGAUGAUAAUAAUAAUUGCCUUUCAAGUGAGAAAAGGAAGUUAUUUUCUUGUUCUUGCCUAGAUCUAGAAGCAACGAACUUGUCAUUAUUGGCCCACAAAAUUUGAUCUUUGUUUCUAAGUAAAUUGGAUUUAGUGCAUCUAUAUUAUUUCGUCAAUUGUAAGAUUUGUUUGUUUGUUUCU